AUGCAAGGCUGGGACGCGGUCAAGGCUGCGCUGAACCCGUUCGCCAUCGGUCGACGCCGGCGGGUCCCCCCGGGCGCGGGGCCCGGCCGCGUGCUCGUCUUUGCCGUGGACGGGUCGAGUGAAAGUGAAGACGCCGUGCGGUUCGGGCUCGACAACGUCGCGCGCGCGAACGAUACGUGCGCGUUCGCGUGCGCGUACAAGAGGGCGCCGCGCGGCGCGCGCGCGAUGGACCCGAGCGGUCUCACAGCGCUCGAGGGGACCGUGGACCAGGUGAGAACGACCCUGAGAAGAGAGAGCGUUCUCUCGGCGUUCUGGACGACUCUGCGUUUCGUUGACGCGACCGCCCUUCACCGCCGCGCGCAGGAUCAGCGCGAGCUUCGACUCGCCGCGGAGAAGAUCGACCGCGAGCGGUGCGAGAAGGCGACGACGCGCGCGGCGGAGGACGCGCGUCUCGUCGGCGUCGCGGGCGUCUUCUCGGACGUCCUCGCGUCCGAGGACUGCGGCAACGCGCCUCUCCGCGAGACGUUGUCUCGGUAUUGCGCGAGCAGAGCCGCGGACAUCGUGGUCGUCGGCAGCCGCGGGUUCGGGAGCAUCCACCGCGCGGCGCUGCACAUCGCCGGGUUCGGGAGCGUGAGCGAGCACCUCAUGCGGCACGGGACGUGGGCGACGCUGCUGGUGAAGCGCGCGGGGGAGGUCGUCGACGUCGACGGAAAGGCGAAUUCGGCGAAGUCCGCGAAGUCGGCGGCGAAGGAGGAGGUGGACACCGUCGGCGUCGGGUCCGCGGACGAGCGAAAGAUGAAGCCGACGAACGACGACGGCGGCGGCGGCGGCGGCGGCGCGAGAGACGCGAAGUGA